CACUCCACUUGGACCUUCAGCAACAACCCAGGCUGACUUCAACCAGAACACCACCAUCCACCAUGCAACGACCAGCAGCAGCCUCCCAUUCAGAGCCCGAGCCAUCGACGACCACACUUCCACCCUCAGUCCUGCCCCCACUCGAAACUGAUCCUACCAUCGAGCCGGUGCCCGCAUUCUCGAGACGGGGGCCGUUGAAAUGGACCGACUAUCUCGGCUGCUACUUGCCAGGGUACGACGGCCCACAUGAUGUUGGUACACUGACUCUGGAACUGCCGCUUCCUGAACCCUAUUCAACAUACGAACUCUCGAGUCCUAUGAAGAGACACGACGGGAAGCCGAUCCUAGAGUUGAACCCCUCCCUGAUGACGAUCUUCUAUCCGGUUCAAAAGCGGCCUGCCGAGCCGCUGUGGCGGAGGGCUCUGACGAUGGGCAGACUAGUCGGUGGGGAGCCCCGGUUACGCUGGAUCACUCUGGCCCAGAUCCAAGGCUAUCUCCGGUUCGCUAGCAUCCCUACUUGGAUGCGCUGCUUGAUCAUCCCGCCGCUCCUGCUCGCCAUGGGCCCGACCAAGCUCCCGACUCGAGGUGGGGCCCCGAUCUGUCUCAAGGAAGGUGUCCAGCAGGACGGCGAGCGACGGCGGUACAAGCUGAUGAUCUUCUCGCACGGACUGACCGGAAACCGUACUUGCUACUCGCAGCUUUGUGGCCGAUUAGCCGCACAAGGAUACGUGGUGGCAGCGGUUGAGCAUCGGGACGGGACGGGCUCGCAUAGCGUUGGGGCGGCCCGGAUCGGCGGCAAGACGGUGGAGAAAUCGGUGCCCUAUGUGGACAUGGCUGAUGUCAGCUCGGACACCCGACCAGAGGACUACCUGGUCGCACGCGCCUUCCAGCUCGAACUCCGGACCGUCGAAGUCCUUGCGGCUGCCAAAUCUCUGGCCUCCCUCGCUCGCCCCCUUCCCGGUUGGAGGGCGCUCCGAGACGCUAACCUCAGGGUCCGUGGUGCCCCCGGAUGGGCCGCUGAUGAUGGCGCACAAUGGUCCGACCAACAGUGGGAUAACUUCGCCAGCGCCGUGGAUUGGGAUCGUGAUGUCACCCUUGCCGGUCAUAGUUUCGGUGCUGCUGAUGUGAUAAUGGCAGCACGACAUCCCGAUCGACCAAAAUCAUGGAAACGAUUUAUCCUUUACGAUCCCUGGCUAGAAACCUUAGACCAUUGUUCGGAGAAGUUCAUACGAACAUGGAGGAAGAGUUCAUCGAGCGAAGGGCCAGUCCCGCCGGACUUCCCAUGCUUGAUCGUCAAUUCGCCCGGCUUUACCGUAUGGAAGGAGCACUUCAAACGGCUCCAAGACCUCUUCAUCAUCGAUCGUAACAAGUCUGAUCAGUUCUGCUUGUUCGCUACUCUGGGCGGAAUCAUACAUAGCUCGUUCUCUGACCUCCCCGUCUUGGUCGAAUGGCUUUGGAAGCUCACGAGAAAGUUGAAGGUGGAUUCGCAAAAGGCGAUCCAAAUCAUCACUGAUCUGACGCUCGAAUUCAUCGAAUACGACGCCGCCGGGGGUCGAGCGCCGUCUAAAGAAGCCCGCAGAGAGAAAGAAGAUCAAGCCGAGGCGAAGGAUCGCUUGCAGGCCUUUCUCGAUCUUCAUAAGCCUCAACCCAGCCAUGGCCAUCCCCAACACGAAGAAUCGCUCGAGUCUCUUCAGCCUGGAAAGCUCCUUGUUCACUUCAAGCGCUUCUUUUAGAGCUCUCUCUCUCUCUCUCUCUCCUUCGUUUGAAAUUGUUAC